AUGAAAACCCGCAUUCAUGCCGCCGCUGGCGGCCUCGGCUUCCUCAUGGUCCUGAUAUUUUGGACUUCGACCGUGAUCUCGGAAACUUUCGCGACAGGCGCAGAUGUUGCCGUGGUCAAGUCCGCCAUCCUGAUGGGCAUGUUCAUUUUGAUACCGGCACUGAUCGUUGCAGGUGGCUCGGGCAUGGCGAUGGGCGCUACCAGAACGGAUCCACUCACCAUGGCCAAGAAAAGGCGCAUGCCUGUCAUCGCAGGGAACGGGCUUUUGAUCCUGGUUCCAUGCGCCUUCUUUCUGGAAGGCAGAGCUUCAGCCGGCCAGUUCGACACCGUGUUCUAUGCCGUUCAGGAUCCCGAACGGUAUGCCAGCCAGACCCGCAGCAUGCGCCUGAACGGACAAAGUACCAGCAUCCGGCUGGAAAACACGUUUUGGGAGAUCAUUGACGAGAUCGCCCGACGCGACAACGUCUCGACGCCGACGUUCAUUUCCACGCUGCAUUCGGAGUCACAGCAGCGGGAGGAUGGUCUUUUGGCCAAGGCAAUACAUUCGAUGAUCCGCGUUCUGGACGAAGCGCGUUCACUGACCUUCUACGAGAAGGCUUUUGGUCUGGGCGUCAAGGAUCGGCUGGAUUUUCCGGAGUUCACUCUCGUCUACCUGAGCAACCCGGAAAGUGAUUUCGAACUCGAGCUGACCGUGAACAAGGGGCAAUCUGCUCCUUACGAGCUCGGUAACGGAUAUGGUCAUUUGGCCGUGUCUGUAACAGAUCUUGCCGCUGAACAUGCGCGUUUCGAGGCGGAAGGUCUCAAUCCCAGAAAACUCGUCGAAUUUGCGCCGGCCGGAGAGCUGGUCGCACGAUUUUUCUUUGUUGCGGACCCGGACGGAUACCAGAUCGAGGUUCUCGAGCGGGGUGGCCGUUUCAAAUAA